AUGCCGGGUGGCGUGUGUGCCGUCCUCGAUUACGAGGUCGACGUGAUGGCAGAAUACGUUAGUGAAAUGGCUGUGCGUGUUGUCACUCCUGAUGCUACAAUCACUUCGGGGUUUCGCAAGUUUGUCACCCAAAUCCUCACUUCAACACGACUUCCUAGCACCACGAUCCUGCUGGGCAUGAACUAUCUUGCCAAGCGGAUCAACGCUAUUAAAGGGCAGGGUCCUUACAAGGUGUCUGAAGGCCAAGUGUGGCGAUACUUGACUGUCUCGCUCCUCUUGGGCAGCAAGUUUCUUGAUGAUAACACGUUCCAGAAUCGAUCCUGGUCCGAAGUCAGUGGCAUUCCAGUGACGGAACUGAAUACUUUGGAGUUUGAGUGGGUCCAGGCCAUGGGCUGGAGACUCUACGUCAAUCUCGACCUCAGCAAGGAUUAUCAGGCUUGGCUAGACAACUGGCGCGAGUGGCAGCAGAUGAAGAAGCGACAGGCAGUCCAGGCAAACCGUGAACGACUUGCCUCUCUGGUACCUGCGAUCGACACCGAGCUUGCAAGAUAUAACAGCAGCCGCCAAUCGCCGCAUUCCCGCUAUGUGCAAGAACAGGCUGCCGAGUUCGAUCGUUAUCAGGCCAUCAAGGCCCAACAGCAGACGUAUCGCUCCCGCGAUGCUCCUUGGGCUCAUAACCCGUGGAAUGCCCCUUUGACGCCACCAGACUCUGGAUACGGCACUCCCGAGUAUGUUAUGUCUGCUACGUCUAGCAAUGCUCGCUAUAACGAGUGGUUCGCUCAGGCCGCCGCACAGUACAGCAGUCGGUACCCUCAACCGCCUGCCCACAGCUCCUUCUACCAGCAUCGCCAGACUCCAUAUAGCUCCCACUACUCCUAUAAUCACGGCGGGUGGGACCAUGGGAUUGGCGAAUGCAGCUGCCCUGGCUGUGUUGGUCCUAUGAAGCAAACUCCUUACUUUGUGUCUCACGGAUAUGGCCAACAGGUGGUGGGCUGA